GUCCAUGAGUUGUUAGCAUUGGAACUGCUGACUGUAUUACUGGAAGAUCCUACAAGUGAUUCUGUUGAAGUUGCUGUAGGUUUUUUAAAAGAGUGCGGACAGAAACUAACAGAUCUCUCACCACGAGGAAUAAUAGGCGUUUUUGAAAGUCUUAAAGCGAUCCUCCAUGAUGCGAGUGUGGACAUAAGAGUACAAUACAUGAUAGAGGUGAUGUUUGCUAUUAGAAAGGACAAGUUUGCCGACUACCCAUCAAUUGUGGAAGGCCUAGAUCUCAUUAACGAAGAUGAUCAAAUUACUCACCUGAUUUCAUUAGAUGAUCAGCUAGAUGGAGAAGACAAUAUUAACGUGUUUAAGGUUGACGAUGAAUAUCAAGAGAAUGAGGAUCGGUACAAGUCAAUAAAGGAGGAGAUACUGGGGGAGGGGUCUUCUGACGAGGAGGAAGGAGAGAGUGAUGAUGAGGAAGAGAGUGAGGAGGAGGAGGAGGAGGGGGAGGGAGGAGAAAUGAAGAUCAUAGACGAAACUCAAACUGACAUGUUAGAACUAAGAAGAACCAUAUAUCUUACUAUCAUGUCAAGUUUGGAUUUUGAAGAAUGUGCUCAUAAACUUCUUAAAAUGGAGUUCAAGCCAGGACAAGAGUCUGAAGUGGCUAACAUGAUUAUAGAGUGCUGUAGCCAGGAGAGGUCCUACCAACGGUUCUAUGGUCUUUUGGGAGAAAGAUUUUGCCACCUGGAGGAGAAGUGGGUGGAGAACUUUGAUGCCGCCUUUCAAGAACAAUAUGCUACUGUACACAGAUUAGAAACCAACAAACUCCGCAAUACUUCAAAGUUUUUUGCUCAGUUAUUUUAUACUGAUGCACUACCCUGGACCUGCCUCUCUUGCAUACAUUUGAAUGAAGAAGAAACGAACUCCUCAAGUCGUAUAUUCAUUAAAAUUUUAUUUCAAGAGUUAGCUGAAUACAUGGGCCUACAGAAGCUUAAUGAGAGACUCAAAGAUCCAACUCUCUCGGCUUUUUUUGAAGGUCUCAUGCCACGAGACAACCCAAAGAAUACAAGAUUUUCAAUUAAUUUCUUCACGUCAAUAGGUUUAGGAGGAUUAACUGAUGACUUGAGAGAACAUUUAAAGAAUGCUCCAAAGAACAUAAUGGACCAGGAACAGGACGUUGACACCUCGUCUGAUUCUGACUCUGAUUCUGAUUCUGAUUCAAGCUCUGAUGAGGACAGCUCUAGUGAUACUAGUAGUUCUAGUGAAGAGGAAAAGACUUCAAGUAAGAAGAGAUCAAAAAGAGGAGGAGGAGGAAAUGGAGGAGAUAAGAAGAAACUGGAAACAGAAAAGAUGAGAAGGAAGAAGGAGACAAGGAAGGACAGCAGUUCACCUUCUCCCCCUCCUGUCUCUCGUAAUAAGAGGAGGUCCCCCUCUCCAGAAAGAAGGAGGAGAAGAGAAUCACCAGGAGAGAAGAGAAGAGGAUCACCAGUAGAAACAAGGAGGAGGGGAUCACCAGUAGAAAAGAAAAAGGGAUCAACAGUGGAGAGGAAAAGGGGAUCACCUGACAGGAGGAGAGGAUCACCAGAAAGAGCAAAGAGAUCACCUGACAGAAGAAAGAGGUCACCAGUAGAGAGGAGAAAGGGAUCACCACCAGAAAGAAGAAGAGUGUCACCGGAUAGCAGUAGGAGAAAAUCCAGAAGAGAAGCAUCAAGUUCCCCUGAAGACAGGAGAAGAAGUUCUCCUGCAAUGAAGGAUAGGAGGGAUCGCUCUCCUCCUCAAAGAAGGAGGCAUGAUUCUCCGGAAGAAGAAGAGGAAAGGAUCAAAAGAAAGAGACAUUCACCAGAAAGAAGGAGAGAUAGAUCAACUGAAAGAAGAAGGGAUAGGUCAACUGAGAGAAGAAGGGAUAGGUCACCAGAAAGAAGGAGGAGAGAUUCACCUCAUGAGAGAAGAGAUAAAAGGAACCGUUCACCUCAUCGCCGUUGAUGUACUAAAACCUUCUUAAUUCUUAAUAAUUCUACUUUUAAUAAUAAUUGAUAAUAAUAAAUGAAGAUAACUGAUGAGUUACUAUGUUAAAAC